AUGUACAAAUUCAGAUGUAUAUGGAUCUGUAGUAAACCUUUAGUCGAUUCCUUCAUGGAAGGUUUCAAUGCCACAAUAUUUGCAUAUGGCCAAACAUCUUCUGGCAAAACACACACCAUUUUGGGCAAUAAAACAGAUCCUGGGCUUUUCCAAUUAGUAUCCAAUCAGUUAUUCCAGCAUGUGGCAGACCAGGUUGAUAAGAGGUACUUGAUUAGAUGCAGUUAUAUUGAAAUCUACAAUGAAAAGAUCAAUGACCUCCUGGAUAAGAGCAAUCAGGGUUUAACUAUGAGAAGAUAUCAAAGGAAAUGUGCUGCUUGA